GAUCAGCUGUUGGCACACCAUACACGCGACAAGGGAAGUCAUCAAACAAGAAUACCAGAAAACAAAGCAUCAAAAGUCUACAUUGUCACUCGAGUGCAUCCGAGCAACAUGGAGUACACAUUCAGGGCAGUAACUCGCAGCGCGGGGAUUAUAAUCUGGAGAAUUGAGAACAUGGAGCUGGUACAAAUCCCAGAGAAAUCGUAUGGAAACUUUUACGAGGGUGACUGCUACAUACUUCUGUCUACUCAGAAGGUAGGCAGCUCUCUCGCUUAUGACGUCCAUUACUGGAUCGGCUCUCAGUCCUCUCAGGAUGAACAGGGUGCAGCUGCUAUUUACACCGUCCAGCUCGACGAGUUCCUGGGCUCCACUCCGGUCCAGCACCGCGAGGUUCAGAGCCACGAGUCUGAUGCCUUCAAGGGCUACUUCAAACAAGGAGUAAUCUAUAAGAAAGGUGGAGUUGCAUCAGGAAUGAGGCACACUGAAACCAACAGCUACGAUGUGAAGAGGCUGCUUCAUGUCAAAGGGAGGAAAAGAGUGAUUGCAAGAGAGGUGGAGAUGAGCUGGACGAGCUUCAACCUUGGAGAUGUGUUUUUGUUGGACAUUGGGAAGACCAUUGUUCAGUGGAACGGACCCAAGUGUAACAAACAGGAAAAGCUUAAAGGCAUGUUGUUGGCCAAGGACAUCCGGGACAGAGAGAGAGGAGGCCGGGCGGAGAUCCGAGUGAUCGAGGGGGACGCAGAGAGCAACUCCCCUCAGAACAUGGAGGUCCUGGAGGGCGUUCUGGGCAAAAGAAGCUCCAAGCCGACGGACGGACCUCCAGAUGAAACUGCUGACCAGGAACAGAAAGCAAAACUCACUCUUUACCAGGUGUCAGAUGAUGAUGGAAAGAUGAAGGUCACAGAAGUUGCUUCUAGACCUCUGGUUCAGGAUCUCCUCAGCCAUGAGGACUGCUUCAUCCUGGAUCAAGGAGGAACAAAGAUCUUCGUAUGGAAGGGGAAGAAAGCAAACAAAGCUGAGAGGCAGGUUGCCAUGUCCAGAGCUUUGGAGUUCAUCAAAGCGAAAAACUACCCUGUGACAACAAAUGUGGAGACGGUGAAUGACGGGGCGGAGUCAGCUCUGUUUAAGCAGCUGUUCCAGAGGUGGACUGUGAAGGACCAGACUCAAGGUCUGGGAAAAGUGCAUACAAGAGGGAAAGUGGCUCACAUCACACAGCAAAAGUUUGACGCCUCUCUGAUGCACGCCAUGCCAGAGGUCGCUGCACAGGAGCGCAUGGUGGACAAUGGCUCAGGUGAAGUGGAGAUGUGGAGAAUUGAAGACCUGGAGCUUGUCUCCGUGGACCCUUCAUGUCACGGAUACUUUUAUGGAGGAGACUGCUACCUGAUCCUGUAUACCUAUCUGGUUAACAACAAGAAGAGUUACCUGCUCUAUAUGUGGCAGGGGCGUCAUGCAACACAGGAUGAAAUUGCAGCCUCAGCAUUUCAGGCAGUGAUCUUGGAUCAGAAGUACGGUGACGAGCCAGUCCAAGUCAGAAUAACAAUGGGAAAGGAACCAAGACACUUUAUGGCGAUGUUCAAGGGCAAAAUGGUCAUAUAUGAGGGCGGCACAUCUAGAGAAGGGGGCACUGACCCAGAGCCGCCCAUCAGGUUGUUCCAGGUUCACGGUUCUGACCCGUCCAACACCAAAGCCAUGGAGCUUCCUGCGCUGGCCAGCUCUCUCAACUCCAAUGAUGUGUUUCUACUAAAGAGCCAAUCAGGAAUCCACCUGUGGUGUGGAAAGGGAUCCAGUGGAGACGAGAGAGCCAUGGCUAAGGAGGUGAGCUCUGUGAUUGGCCAGAAGUCAAGACAAGGCUCUGAGGAGAUUGUGGCAGAGGGUCAGGAGCCCUUUGAAUUCUGGGAGUUGCUUGGAGGGAAAGCUCCCUAUGCUAAUGACAAGAGAUUACAGCAGAGCGUUUUAGACCAACAGCCGCGCCUGUUUGAAUGCUCCAAUAAGACGGGACGCUUCAUCGUGACUGAAGUGACCCAGUUCACGCAGGACGACCUCAACGAGGACGAUGUCAUGCUGUUGGACACAUGGGACCAGGUGAUUCUCUGGAUCGGUAAAGAAGCCAAUGAGGUGGAGCGUAAAGAAGCAGUGGUGACCAGCAGAGAGUAUCUGCGCACACACCCCGGCGCCAGAGACCCAGACACCCCCAUCGUCCAGAUCAAGCAGGGCUUUGAGCCGCCCACCUUCACUGGGUGGUUCACAGCCUGGGACCCCUCCAAGUGGAGUGGAGGAAAGAGCUAUGAGGAGUUGAAGAAGGAGUUGGGAGAUGAAGUAUCAGCUGUUAGUGUUGCAUUGGAGCAGAACUGUGUGGAAAGUGAAAAAAGCUUUCAGUGUUUUCCACCUGACGACUUGGUCAACAAGCUCACCAAUGAGCUGCCCGAAGGUGUUGACCCAACCCAGAAAGAGAAAUACCUGUCCGACUCUGACUUCAACAACAUUUUUGGGAUUAACAAAGAUGACUUUGCCAGCAUGCCACAGUGGAAACAACUGAAAAUGAAGAAAGAAGUGGGGAUGUUUUGAUCAGAUUCAUAUCUGUUUUGUGUCAGCCCCUCCUGAUCUAUAACUAGCAACUUUCCACGUUAGCUCAACCUGAUUUUCGAUUAAAUGCAAUGCAUAUAUUCAUAUUUUUAUAUUGUAAUUCAUUGUUCCAAAUCAAUGUAAUACAAUCUUCAGUACUUAAUUGUAUCCUGUGUUGAUGUUGUACAAUCAACAGAUGAAUUAUUUGUGAUAUUAAUUGAACUCUCAGUUUGUAAAACCUAUCAACUGUAUUGCUUAUUUAUCUGUGUGUGUUACUGAAAACCUAUAAGAAGUAUUUCAGUACUGAUGAAAACACAAGACAAGAUAACAUUUAGACAUAAAAACAACACAUUUAAAUGUGGUUUACUUUUUUUUUUUUUAAACAGAUACAGCUAAGAACCUGAAUAGUAAAAACUGAACUAAAUGGAAUAUGUUAACAGGUUUAAAUGAUCAACAUCACUUAAUAAUUAUUUUUUUAUAUCAAUUGUAUUAAAUAUGAGUUUCCCACUAAACAACAAAUCAAACGUAAGGAGGCUCUGACUCCUUCAUUUAAUAAAGGUCUGCUCUGCCAUCUAUUGGACAAACGUCCGGCGUACACAAUUCAGAGAGCAAAAUAAAAAGUUAAUUUUGAAAGUGACUUCCAACAUGAUGUGAAUGUUUAUCACUACUGAUAAGCUUGUGACUUGUGUUGGAAAAUAACUGAGUGAAAAUGUGUGAUCCAAUUAUCAUGUCAAGAAUAUGUAAGUAAAAAUAAAUCAGCAUCAGCAUUGUUCACCUUUUUUAUUUUUGACAUGUCUCAAACGUGAUUUCCAAUACAAGUAUACGUUGUUGUAACUUACUGAUACAUUUGAACUUUAAAUACAAAGCUCAGGACAACAAUAUAUAGAGCAAUAAAAUGCACCAAAUUACAGUAAGAACACUUCUUUUGGACCAAUGUGAUUACUCGAGAAAUUGUCCCCAAAAGAGUCUGUUUGCCUACAAUGCUGAACAGCGCUGUAUAAGGAAAUUAAGUUCAUUAUAAAAGAUGAUUGAUCAGAUUUAAAGUCAAAGUAACUUCACUUUACUGGUUUAUUACAACAAACCAAGUCCUUUGACCUAGACACAAAUCAUGACAUAAAAGGAAUUGUUGAUGACAAAAACAACAAAUGAUUGUGUGUUCAUGUAAAACCAUCUGACCUGAUCAAGAACUGACUACAGUGCCACCACACAGCACUACAGUAACAUCUGACUCAUCAGAAAGCAGCUGUUUGUGCAUCAUGGCCGCCAACAUAACCGGUAAUCAAGUAUUCUCAUGUGAGCCAGCAUUAUGUGAUAAGACUUUGUGAUGAAAGUAGUACAAAAGAUUAAAUACAAAUAUUACAAACCCACAAAAUGAUAAGCAGCUAAAUUCUGCAAACAUUCGACCCCUUUUUAAAAUGACAGUAAAAAUGUUGUUCCACUUUUGUUUUUCUUGUAACCGUAUCAGAUAUGAAAAUUGUGAUUUUAUUAAAUUGGUAGUGUCAUGUAGUUUUCUCUCCCUUUCAGUAAACAAUUUGUGACACAUUUGCAACAACAAAAAGGUCCCUUCAAAAUCUUUGCAGUAUAUACCUUAGAUCAAAGUAUGAUUUAAUAUACGUGUACUGCGUGCAAAAGUACUAAUAAAUGACGGAUCAAUUCAUGUGCAGUUUGGAAAUCGAUAUACAUUCUUAGGUGCUCAUGCAAACUAUCACGAAUGAGGUGAAAGGGUCUACUUUGAUUUAAGCUUUUAAGGAAUGUAACAUCACAUAAAAAAAAAAAAUUGCGAUUAAA